UCGAAACGUCAUUAUACGUCAAAAUCCCAAUAACAAUGUGAACAAAAAAAUCGAACACACCACAACAGGAUGCAAAAAAAAAACAGUGAUGCAGUUACAACACGAGAACAAUACUGUUGAUGACCGUGAGGAAUAGGAAGCAUGUGCACCAGCAUGAGUGUAAAGGACCUAUUGGAGAAUAUGGAGGUUAAGGAGAAGCGAUCGUCGGACGCGUCCCUGCUGCUGAUGAACCCAGUGGCGAGCGGCGAUAACGUGACCACUGGGCUCAACUCGGCCGACAAACUGAAGGAGGAACUGCCACCGCUCGUGCCCUGCUGCGAAGGCAGAGAGCUACAGAUAAACGAAGAUCUGGUACGCAGCGGACUUUCAGCAAUCUCGGUGAAACAUGACAGCGUGAUACAAUGUUUGAGUAUGUCACGCGCCUGUGAGAGAAUGCAAGUCCCGCCCGGCCUCGUCAAGCAUCGUAACUCUUUUCGGAGCCUUCACCGGCCCGACCUCAAGCGUGUCCCGUACCUGCGUCGCAUGUCGCCCGAUGAACUGGAAACGUUGUUCCGUGGCUACGCUGAUUUACCGGCGAUAGAACUCUCCAAAACUAGCACUCGAGACGAAUCAUUAAAAGAUUCGAUACCACCAGAUGAGAACGGUCAAGGAAAGGAUAUCAUAAAUAUUAAGGAAAUUUGCAAAACAGAAGAGGGUAACGGCGCGAACGCAUUACAUAGGAUACUGAAGAUUCUGUCGGGCGCGGAGGACGUGCCGGCCGGCAUGCGGCUGCACGGCGCCAGGGCGAGGCUCUACACGUCCGUGCUAGCGGGGGCCCGCGCCGGCGACCAGCUUGACGCUAUAUCUGCAAACGAAGAGUACGACACCCGCGUGCCAGACGACAUAGUUCCCGACGAAGAAGUGCAGCUCAACGAAGAGCUCCAAAUCAUUCUCCCUCCCCGCUACGAUGACGUCACCGCAGUCUCCUCCAUCACCACAACCUCCACAGACCAAAGCAUCAGUUAGAUCCAACGCUAACCUUAUCACAACGCACUAAGGUACAAAUUAUAAGGAUUUAAUGAAGUUUAACGUAAAACGAAGUAUCGGCUCAAAAGCACGUCGCCAGAUGACGAAGCUGAUGCGAUUCUCUAGAAAAAAAAUUGGUAGAAUGGUCAUGUAUAUGGACUGGAUGAUCAGCGACUUUAUUAAGAAAUUUUGAUUUUAUUUUUAUCCCAAUUAAGUCUGAAUUAAAGUUAUGAUUAUAUUGUA